AUGGGUGCUCUUCUAGCUGCUCCAUCAUGUGCUGCUUCGGCGGCAUGUUGCUUUGGAAGUGCUGCGUGCUCGUUGUGCUCAAUGUGCCCAACAACGAAAAGCUCGACAACAACUCGAAUUAUGUACGCGUUCUUGUUGUUCGCUAGCACAUUCUUGUCGUGCAUAAUGCUAAUGCCGGGAAUACAAAAUAAACUAGCAGAGAAUAAAUGGUUCUGCGAAGGUUUGAAUGAAAUUGCUGGAAUCACCUGUGCCCACGCCACAGGAUUUCAGGCGGUUUACAGAGUUUGUGCUGCAACAGCAUCAUUCUUCUUCAUCUUCAUGAUAGUUAUGCUCGGUGUUAAAGAUUCGAAAGAUGGAAGAUCUUCGAUUCAAAAUGGAUUCUGGUUCUUCAAAUAUCUCCUCCUAGCCGCUUUGAUUGUUGGAUUUUUCUUUAUUAGGAGCGAAAAUCUUUCUACUCCGCUUAUGUGGAUUGGAAUGGUUGGAGGAUUCUUGUUUAUACUCAUUCAACUCAUUCUUAUUGUUGAUUUCGCUCAUGGCGUCGCUGAUUCUUGGAUCACUUCGUAUGAAGAAAGCGAUUCGCGUUAUUGCUACGCUGGUUUAUUGGGAAUAACAUUUGGUGGAUUCACCGUUGCCAUCGUAUGCGUUGUUCUCAUGCUCGUUUUCUAUACAAGCGGUGAAAGCUGUGGACUUCCAAGAUUCUUCAUUAUUUUCAAUUCUCUUCUCUGUAUCGGCUUGACAGCUCUUUCAAUGGCUCCGUUCGUUCAAGAGCGUAUGCCUCGUUCCGGUUUGAUACAAGCUGUCAUGAUUACUGGAUACGUUAUCUAUUUAACCUGGGCCGCUUUAAUCAACAAUCCUGAUAAGGAGUGUAACCCAUCUCUUAUUAGUAUUUUCACUAAAAAUACUACUGAUCCAAGUCACAAGGAUGAUUCGCAUUAUGGAAUUCCUCUUCCAGCUCAAUCCAUCAUCUCACUUUUUCUAUGGUUCGCCUGUGUUCUGUACGCUUCAAUUCGUAAUUCAUCAAAUUCUUCACUUGGAAAAAUAACCGGAGGAACAAAUUCGGAAGAAAAUAUGCAACUAAAUGACACCGAAUCUCAAAAUGACUUGCGAGUAAUCGAUAAUGAAACCGAAGGCGUUGCCUACUCAUACAGUUUCUUUCAUUUCAUGUUCGCUCUUGCUUCUCUAUACGUCAUGAUGACCUUGACAUCUUGGUAUAAACCUGAUAAUGAUUUGACACAUUUGAACUCCAACAUGGCAUCGGUUUGGGUCAAAAUCGUGUCUUCCUGGCUCUGUGUUGCCCUCUAUUCGUGGACACUCGUUGCUCCAGCCUUGUUUCCCGAUCGAGAAUUCUAA